AUGAUCGAAUCGACUGUCGGAAGUCCAGCUGAAGCAUCGGCGGAAGUUGGAGUUCCGUCGCUACCCCAACGGCGGCCGAGGGUGCGGGAAGUCAGUUCACGAUUCAUGUCGCCUUUGAUUCAAUCCAACGCAACCCCAACCCCUACACCUUCUGAAAAAUCGCGAUCAAAAUCAGUCCACCGCAGACAUUCAUCACGCGACGAGAAUCAUGUACCGGAAACCACUCGUAGCUUAGACACCCCGCUCGUUCUACCCCAGACGGUAUCACAUAAUAGAUCGUUAGCAACAAAUAGUGUAGCUACUGUUCAAAAGAAACAGCAGCUGCAGCGAUUUAGGCAUUUUAAGGAAAAUGGUGAACAAAAUCAACAGCAGCAAGCGGCUUCGGCUGUUAGAGUUUCUUUGAGGCCGGACACGCCGAUUGCGAUUGGUACCGAGCGCAUUGUCCUAUCUCGAUAUAGGCAAACUCCCCAUAGUGUUAAUCGAGGCAAUCCGAUGAAUAGUAGUAGUAUUGGAUGCACGGCUGUUACGGCUGCCACUAGGCUAUUGCAAGAAGCGACUUCUAGUAGCAACAAUUACAGAGAAACUGUGGACAAAAAGCAUUCUAGAAUUUCUACAUCUAGAUAUGAUGAUUCGGAUUCUUGCAGUACUGCAAGUGGCCAGGGUAGUUCUUCGUGCCCCAGUUCUCCACUGUUUAUGCAGACUACCAAGGCCCGAAGUCUUCCUGAGACGCGCUCUUCUGUGUCAGAUGUGGAUAAAUGGCUUGCUGAGAGGAGUUCUAACAAUGCGGGUAAAGUCACUAGUGAUUGUGCUCGCUCACUGAAUUUUUCGUCGUCUGUAAAAAUGGGCGGAAGUCUUUGCCUGCCUCCUCACCCAUCAUCGUGUGUGAGACUGGGAAUGGACGCAAAGAAAGGAAGGAAGGUCUCUAAUCAUCAAGAAGAUGUGCAUUCUCUCAAGAUGCUUUACAACCAUUAUCUGCAGUGGCGAUUCGCCAAUGCAAAAGCAGAGGCAACUGUUAAUACUCAAAAAAGGGAAACUGAGAUAAAACUUUACUCUCUGGGGAGCAAGAUAUCUGAUUUACGUGAUGAAGUGAAAAAGAAGCGCAGUGAACUUGGGAUGCUGCAAGGAAUUAAGACUUUAUCCAUGAUUGUUGAAGCUCAAAUGCCGUAUCUGGACGCAUGGUCUGCUUUGGAAGAGGAUUCUUCAACUUCUUUAUCAGGCAUAUCAAAUGCUUUGCUAAAUUCCUCACAAAGAGUUCCAGUCAGUGGGGAAGUCCGGGUUGAAGUGAAAGACUUGCAGGAGGCUUUGAGCUCAGCUGUAAAGGUGAUGAAACUGAUAGUUUCCCAUGUCCAGAGACUUAUGCCGAAGGCUGAAGAAGUGGAUACCUCAAUUUCUGAACUAGCUAGGGUAGUUAGUGGAGAAAGAGCCCUUAUUGAGGAAUGUGGGGACUUACUAUCCAAGAAAUAUACAGCACAGGUGAAAGAGUGCAGCCUAAGGGGGGCUCUGAUCCAAUUACACCGGAGACAUAUAGUUGAUCCGGAAGCUGUUAUAAUUCCUGUAAAUCCCGGUGUACCCAUUGGCGUGUUAAAUUACUACACGAAAGUAGGCUUGGGGACUCCACCUAGUUUCUGUUCUACGGUUAUUGACACGGGUAACUCCUCCUGGAUCCAAUGCGAGCCUUGCCACCCACAGGUCGGAACCCAUUUUGAUCCCUCAGGUUCUAGAAUGCAUAAAUCCCUAUCACGUGACACAAGCCAAUGUUCUUCCCUCAAAGAUUCAACUCUCAACAGUCCCCAUUGUAGUUUUUCCAAUCAAUACACGGGGGAUAAAUCUUGCUCUUAUGGUACCUUAAGUCUCCCAGCAUUGUCGAAGCCAGCACCAUCUAAUUUUGUGUUCGGGAUGUGGACAGGACAACGAUGGACUCCCUUCGCAAGUAACUUCGAUAACACAGCCAUCAUGGGAAUCAUCAACAGCAAACCUUUGAAAUUCUCUAUGAUAUUUCCAAUUCAAGAAUUGGGUUUGCAGCCGGUGGCAGCAGCUAGUUGGCACCCCUGGGUCCCUUUACCAUGGCACUACCACUAA